UUCAGAGUUUUACAAUGGUUACAGUACACACAAAGUUUUCUAAAGUUGAAGCGGCGACGUGUAUUUUUCGCUGACAUAGGAGGGGUGGUUGACUUGAGGUCAUUUCAGAAUUACUGGAUAUAUCUGAUAUCUGUAAUUAUGAAUGAGGAGAAUCCCCUGUCACUGGCUGACAUCUGCCAGGCUUGCAUCUGCCAUAACCUGGAACAGCUCUGUACCCGUCGAACUGAUGGCACCCUGCAUUUCCACCAAUCCCCUGUGUUUCCACAGGAGCUGUCUGACCAGCUGUUACACAAAAUGGCAGAUGAAGGGGUCCUAAAUGACAGCACCAUUGGAAUAUUUCGGUGUCUUGAACAUUUCCGGUUGCGCAGAGCUUGUAUCCAGUCUUCCUGUGUCUCGCCUGAAGGCUUCCGCCAGACACUCUGUCUCCAUCGGCUCCAGGAGCUGGACGUCUCCAGAGUCACAGGCCUGGCUGUCUCCGACGUUCUCUCCAGCCUGGCCAACAGCAAAGACUGCAGGCAAGGCCUUCAGCGACUGGUGCUUAGUGGUCUGAGCCUUCUCGGGGAGAAUGCGGAGAGCAGCCAGCUCCGCUUCAGCUUUCUCCGAGGUUUAAGAACCCUCUGCGUGGCUUGGACGGAGCUGGAUGAUGCCGGACUGGAGGACAUCUGCACACUCCCUUCCCUGGAGAACCUGGACAUCUCGGGCACUUCCAUAAGCGAUCUGACAUCCCUGCUCAACUGCCAGGCCAACCUGCGUUCCCUCACCGCUCAUGGACUGAGGAACCUGGAGAUGUCUGCCUCCAGGCUCCUCUCCGUUCUCAGUAAACUGGAGGCCCUGAGGCACCUGGACCUGUCCAAUGACAGGCUGGUGGCAGACGGGGACGGGAUGGUGCAGCAGCUUUUGGUGCAGCCAGGGGUCCUGCCUGCGCUGGUGUCCCUGGACGUGUCUGGGUGGAGGGGCGUCAGCGACGCUGCGGCACAGGCGUUUGUCGAGUCCAGGCAGGGAAUGAGGUUCAUUGGUCUGUUGGCCACAGGGGCUGGUGCCUCCGAAUUCUUCUCCAGAACAACCAGUGUUAAGGUGGCAGGCGAGGCAAACCUUGGCCAGAUCUGUGAGGCCCUGCAGAGGUACAGAGAGAGAGAGUGCUUCAUGCGCGAGGCUCUCAUCCACCUGUACAGUCUGACCAGUGACCUGGACGAACCUCAGCCUCAUGUCUUAAAGCUGGUUUCCAUGGCAAUGCAGAGUCACCCAGAGUCUCUGCACGUUCAGCUGGUGGCCACUGCCUGCGUCUUUAACCUGACCACUCAGGAUCUGGCCAUGGGUUUGCCCCUACGCCUGCUGGGAACUGUAGUUCAGCAGCUGCUGACAGCCAUGAGGAACUUCCCCAAUCAUGAGCAGUUACAGAAGAACUGUCUGCUUGCGCUCUGCAGCGAUCGUAUCCUGCAGGACGUGCCCUUUGACAGGUUUGAGGCAGCCAAGUUGGUGAUGACAUGGUUAAGUGUUCGGGAGAAUCAGACACUGCAGAGGAUGGCAGUGGCUAUCGUCUCCAUCCUGGUAUCUAAGCUCACUGUAGAGGAGACCACGCAGCUUGGGGCUGAGGUUUUCAUCAUGAAGCAACUGCUCAGUAUCGUCCAGCAGAAAGCCUCCCUGGGUGUGGUCGACCCCACACUGAAGUUUGCCCUCAGUGCCCUGUGGAAUCUGACGGACGAGACGCCCACUGCCUGUCACCACUUCAUGCAAUGCCAGGGUCUUGAGCUCUACAUGGAAGUACUGGAGUCUUACCACACUGAGUCCUCCAUCCAGCAGAAGGUUCUGGGCCUUUUGAAUAACGUAGCAGAGGUGGUGGAGCUGCGGCCGGAGCUGAUGGAUGAGGACCUGGUGGAGCAUGUGCUGAGUCUUUUGCAGGGGGCAGAGGUGGAAGUGGGCGUCAGCUACUUUGCGGGGGGGAUCCUUGCCCACCUCUGCUCCACAGGAGGACCUCCCUGGAGCCUGGAUGCAGAGCUGCACCAGGCAGUCCUGGACAAACUGCACUCUUCCAUCCUGACGUGGAGUCCUCCGGAGCGGGAGAUGGUGUCUUAUCGAACCUUCCAGCCCUUCUACCCUUUACUGCAGAGCUCCCAGCCCCCCGGAGUGCAGCUGUGGUCGGUGUGGGCCAUGCGACUCGUCUGCAGUCAGAGCGCCAAUCAGUACGGAGACAUGCUGGAGGAAGAGGGAGGUAUUGCCAUUCUCCAGGCUCUGGUUCUGGACUCCAGCACACACACUGACGUCCGCAGACUGGCGGAGGACAUUCUCGGGCUGCUAGAACAACGGCAGCACCACGGCAACCAAGGAGAGGAGGUUCAGUGAUUUGUACCCACUGGUUUCUGGCCUCAGUUGAACUCAAAGUCGUGGGUGUACAAGUGUGG